AUUCCCAGCUUUCUGAACUAACUACUGCAUUCUAGGUACCUCUUCAUGCAUAACCGGCCUACGGCCUACCUUCUAACAGAGGUAAAAAGUGUGACAACAUAAGCCUCAAACAUAAAGGUUGCUAUAUAUACCAAGCAAAUUGAGAUGGCAAUGCAUUCAUCACACAAAACACACAACAGUAAACAUUCAAGUUCUUACCCUGUAAUGGCUCUCUGGUCUGUGGCACUUCUUACCCUCCUCUUUGCCAUUGCUGAAUGUCAGUCAACAAUUUCAUUCAACCAAACCGACCUAGAGGCAGCCAUGACUGACAUGAGAAACAGGUCUUACUAUGGAUUUGUCAUCCUCCUCAAAAUUCUCAACAGCCAGCAAAAUUCAUUCAGAAGCAAUGAUUUGACAUUCCUAAUGCCAAAUGAUGAUGAACUAUCACAAUUCUCCAUAUCUCUGGAAAAGCUGCAUGAUUUCAUACUCAGCCAUUCUAUUCCAACACCCUUGCUGCUCAGUCACCUAUUACGUUUUCCAAAUGGCUCUGUGGUUCCCUCCAGCAUUCCAAAUAGGAUGAUCAACAUCACCAACAGCGGGAGAACAGGUUUGUUUGUCAACAAUGCAAGGAUUGUCACACCAAAUGUAUGCCAAAGCUCUUCAAUAAGAUGCCACGGAAUCAGUGCUGCUUUGACGUUUGCAAACAUGGUAUCGUUCCACCGAUCUCCAGAGGCUAAUGAUCAAACCCCCAUGAACAGGGACAUGCCACACUCAGCUGCAUCUGUCAAAAAGAUGAAUAUCCCAUUUUUCUAGUAAGGAGAGAAAAACACUUCUUUGUACCGUCAGUUCCAUUUUAUCAAUAAAAUCCAAUAUUCUCCACAUCUAUUUGAUUUGUAGUACUGAAUAACUCAUCAUAAUGCUAAGCAUAUUGAUUAGCUAAUUGAAUUCCACAAAUCAAGACAGUCAAUAA